GUUAGUCAAAGCCAGUGAGGUCCCUCGUUACGUUUUUUUCGCCAAUUGCAAUUAUGAAGAGCAGGACUAUAAAAACUUAGUAAUUUUAUCUGAACAAUUAAACGCUGUUGUUGUUACCUGUUCAGGAGAAAAGAAAGCGUCCGAAUUUUUAAGCAACUCGCCAUGGCGUCGUACUGACGAAUUUUUCUUAAAGAAAGAAAACAUAACCCACCUUUACUUUGCUAAACUUGUAAAAGCUGAAUGCGAUGGCAUUCCUUUUCUUGCCCGUGAUGUGAUUAAGGCGCUAAUACGCUUAGAGUCAACAAAGAAGUUGAACAUAAAUCCUGAAGAGUCAACUGAAGACAGCAACUGUUCUUCAAAGUAUCAUGCUCUGUCGAGGGUGAGGAAGAUUGAAACCCUUGGAGUGGACGGUUCAGAAGUGGAACAGCUGAGUGAGUUGAUGCCGUUUGUCACCGCUCCACAAAUUAUAGGGGUCUGGGGUGAACCCGGUGAAGUGUACGAUGCAGAGGUGACGCAAUCUCUGCUGCGAAAAAUUCCACUUACACGCAAACUGGAGAGACUAGCACUCGAUGCUAUCAACCUAACACCAGCCACUACUGCUUCGUUCAUCUUCUCAUUGUUUCAAGAAUGUCUGAACCUGGUGUCGCUAGACAUGUCCGAGAAUCCAUUACUGGGUGCAGGAGUCAGUAGCUUAGCUUCUUAUCUCAGCUGCGCUCCUCGCCUUGGGGAACUUCUGCUGUAUGAUGUUAAGAUGACACAACAGCAAGUACACGAGUUGUCUACAGCAGUGAAGCAGAAUAGCAUAACUCGGCUGGAGUCUUCCUACCACGUAAGUUUGAUCACAAUUUGUUUCUUAUUCUUUAUCCACAGUGCUUAGCGCUUACCUUCCGUCAUUUUUCCUUUCUUUGUAAUUUUUAUACUCUAUGAAACACGAGGGUGGCUCAUUUGAAAACAAUUCUCAAACUAGGUAAGUUGAAAGUAUCAUUUUAAAUUCAUUCCCUCGAAUUGAUUAAUAUACGCUUGUCCUUCCACAAGUGACAAACAACGAUUUGCACGAUUUGCUUUAAAAUACAUGCCCUCUCUCAAUGGCAUACUUUGCGCAUAUGGAGAGACAUGGCUAUGAAACUUUUAGUGAAAGUCAUAAACGUAAUUAUACUGAAGCUGUCUCUGCGUACUUUGUGCCUUUUAGAAAUUUACUCCUAUCUUGAUUGAUGAUGGAGCCGGUACAAAGGUUUUAUUUUAGGUUGUAUGCAGUAAACCUGUUUUUGUUAACUUUUGAGUGCUCGUUGUUUCUACCGUCCGAUGGUGUAUCACUUACAUGUACAAGAUAAAACGUUACUUUAAGAAAGUAAUAAGGCUUGACAAUCUGAGAGCCAGCGAGCCAUCUGAGCCACGGGAAACUGCAAAUACAUCAAAAAGGGUUUCCUACUUGGUUUCCCAAAUGGUAUGUGGGGUUUUGCUGUUGAAAUACUUGCAGAAUUACGCAGUCUUGGUCGACUUUUUCUGAUUAGGGUUAAGAGCUCAUUUUACUGAGUAGGGUUAGGCGCUCAUUUUACGGAUUAGGGUUAAAACACUCAUUAACAGCGGUUAGCUUUCAGUUAUACUCUUUUUUCCGUAUUACUGCUUUUUCGGCUUUUUUGUAUUUUUUUCCUCAUAGUUCGCACGGUGUUUUAACUGAAAGUAGUUCAACUGUUUACUGUUACUUUGUGAUUCGUAACAGGACGAUGAAGGGAAUCCUAAACCUGAACAUCAAUGGCCAUCAGAGGAUUAUUGGAAAAAAUCCUAUCCGCGCGUCAGUAUCCCUGAAUUAUCAACUGAAAUACAGAACAAACAACAGCAGCAGGUGGGUGGUCAACUUUUGUUACAGAAAGAAAUGUAUAAUUUUUUGUAAUUUAUUCUGUGAAAGGUUUGAACUCAACAUUCAUUUCAUCAGUAGGUUGAGUAUGAUCGUCCGGGUGAACGUAGUCCUGAAUAGGACUGUUGUUGUUGACAGUCACUGACGUUUCGACAGCCCGUGCGGUAGUCAUCUUCAGAGUCUAAGUGAGUUGUAUCAUAUCAGUUGAUGGUAUUAAACUCUGGUUAUUGACCUGAUUGGUCAAUUAAGUCGCUACGUUAUUGGUCGUCUGUCAGUUAAGCUUUGAUGUUAUCCUAUUCAGGAUUACGUUCACCCGGACGAUCACAUUCAACCUACCUAUGUAAUUUAUUCUGUUGAAUUUAACAGACCUUUUUACCGAUUCGGCGGCCAUAUUGAAUUUAUUAGAUUUAAGGAGUAUUAUGGGAUGCCCAGGGGGUAUUCGCUCAGUAUUUAGCGCGCUUUCCGGGCAAAAAGAAAACUUCAGGGUGUAUUUCUCGGGAAUAAGGCGAUCAUUAUUACAUCCAAACACGACAGGACGAUCUUUUUUUCCCAUUACAAUCUUUUUCUUAAAGAAAAAUUGUCCCGAAAAGCGCGCGUAAAUACUGAGCGAGUAUAUCGGAUCGUGGUCAUGUUCUGUAGGCCUCCCAUAGAUAAUACUCCGAAAAUCUAAUAAAUUCAAUACGGCCGCCGUGUCGGUAAAAAGGUCUAUUGUAACGGAUUAUAGUAAGAUGAACAAAAAAUUGCUACUUUUGGGGGUUUUAAAGGGGUUUUACUAUCGUUUGUCAUUAGGCGAAUCUCGGGAGGUAAAGGGUGUGUUUCUUAUAAUGGUUGUUAUGUUCUGGUCUGCGUUUUUGUAUCUCGUGGUCGUGGUUUUCCUUGUUUCUCCUCAUUUAAUUGGCUCAAUGACCCCUGAACAGUCUUGUGUAGAAACAAUCGAUUCGAAUUUCUUAUAAUAGUCUAACAAGUGAUUUCUUUGUUUAUUACUCUCUUCUUAAUAUUUCAGUCGUCCUAAAAUGUUUUUUCUAGUUAAGAUGGCUUUUAGUAGCCGAAAUCAUGGUCAAAACGUAACCGACGUUCGGUGGUUAGCUCGAAAGCUAAGUUCCUCUGACCACCGUACACUUCUACCCAAGCCAUUAAUUUUCUUUUUUUUUUUUUUCCAUCUUCUUCUCCUUUAUUAGUGUAUUCCUAACAUACUAUAUAUAAUGUAAAUAUUUUAUAAAGUGUGAAUAAUAAAUUGAAUUGAAUUGAAUUGAACCUUCUUGUAAAGAUGUAAAAUUGUAUUUCAAAGUUAAUUCCUUCUCGCGAACAUUAUAGGACUUUUUGAAAUUUUGUCGGAAACGUGCCGCUAUUUGAUUUUGUUUGGAUAAAAACCACUUUCUUUAGAUUGGGAAAAUUUUUUGAUGUGGUUCUUUCAACGGAGGUUUGUUAUGCAAUUAAUGUAAAUGCAAUGUGCGAGCCACGCCAAAAAAAAAAGAACCAUAACACAGAUACACACGUCAUACAGCGCAGCGUUCAAUUUUUUCGCCAAUGUGACUGAGGGUUACAAAUUUCAUUUCCCCAGGGAGCUGAUAUUCUAUCUUUGUAGUCUCGUUUUCUCAACUAUCGCUUAAUUAUCUCAUGAGCACAUCGCCUUUUGUUCUCUUUAUCCCUUGCAGAUUCUGGCAGAGACUCGACCCAGUGCUCACUACUCACCCUCAACUGGUGACAAUCGAAAAACCGUGGCACCAGUUCCAGUCUCUCUCUAUCCUGCUGGUAAGUUUCUAUUUACAUGUAAUUCCACAAUUCUACAAAUUCAGUGUUUGGUGAGUUUAACAAUUUUUCACAUCUGAGCAAAUAAUUCCUUUGACUUAAGCCGGUGUUACACUUUGUGGCAAGUUUUUCAAGAUAAUUCUCUUCAUAAUCAUAAUCGCGGUAAAAAAAAUGGACUUACAUUUACUCAUUUAUAUAUUUUUUUACUUUGAUUAUAUUUAUCCCCCAGUCUGUUUAUAGACAAAAAUAGGACUCCCCGUAGUAUAACACUAUUAUUUAUUGGACCAGGCAUUAUAACCACAAAUAGAAUUGAAAAGCAAGUUUAUAGUUGAAACAGCGAGGAAGUCUGAAAGGAAAAGUUACUUGCAAUGCCCGCAUCUUCCACCUCCUGUUCUGAAAUCAUUACUUUCUUAAAUGCGCAUUUAUUUAAGUGAGUAUUGUGGUUCGACUGAUUGUUCAUUAUUGUUUGAUAAAGCAAAGACAUAAAAACAUUAAUUUAAAGUUUAAGUUAAAUGAUUCUUACCAUCCAUACAAUGUUUAAAAUCUAAAAAGGUAAAAUAUACAGGUAUAGAGCGCUUACCAUUUGUACGGAAAAUUCGGUGAAAAUUUUGGUGUCAAAUGGUACUGGUACUUUUUUCGCAUUGAAAGCAGGAAUGGGAUUGAGUUGUAUCAUUUACAAAGUACCGGUUAAUUUCUCUAGUGAAAGCCUGGCACUGGUAAUCCAGACAAGUGGUGCAAAAAAUUUCGGUCGUUCCAGUAAAGUGCGAAAAAAAAACCGGGGCAGGUAUCACAAAUGGUAAGCGCUCUUGGUAGCAGCUCAAAUAACUUAGUAGGGACACUUGAAAGAAUUGAGGCUAGAUUUACAGAUAACUUUAGACGGAAGAGUAUUUCAUUCACUGACGUAACGUUUAAAAAUGAAAAUAAUUUAUUGCGAGAGGUCUGCGGCCUUAGCUUAAAAUCAUGGUUCUUACGAGUGGACCUGUAAUGUCAAAACAUUUGGAGGCAUCCACUUCAAAAUACCUAAAUAAAGUUCUGUGCAUUUGGACCAGGCUUGGACUUUCACCUCAGUUCUAAGGAAUCCCAUCUUUACUCCACUAAUCUUCGCUACUGGACUGGUAAAGAUCGGAAAUAAAUGUACUUAAUGACUAUAACUGAUAAGCCAGUCUGAAAACACUCUUGUUUUGCUGUGUCAUCAUGUUAUUUGAGGGGAUCCUAACUGGCUACUUUUUUUUCCUCAACAGAAGAAGCUCCAAUUCGUAAAGCGCGUCGUCUGGCAUCCUUCAGUCAAUACCACCGUCUUCCUGUUUAUACACAGUAUUACUCCUCCCCUCAUAUCCAUCGAGCUACGUCCACCAUCGUUACACCUACACCUGGAGGGUCAUUGAGUCACAAUCGUUAUCUCGCCAGUUGUUCAGGCUUUUCUGCAGUUACUCAGGGUGAGACCAAGGUGGAGCGUUUGUCUGUUGAUGAGGUAAUGAGGGCGGAUUAAAAAAGCUAUUAUUGUUUUUAAUUAGUGGCUAGAAUAUAUCUUAACGUGGGUAGAAGUCGAUGGGGAAUGGAAAGGGGGAAUUCAGGAGUUCGAAAAGGGCAAAUAAAAUUGCGCGCCGUGCCGCCCGUGUUCUCGCCCACAUAAAUUUCCCGUUUGUCUUCCCCCUCAAUCGCCUGCCACGCUGGCGUCAUUCAUUAAUUCUGCGAAUGACUUAAUUGAUUAGUCGUCAACUCUCGACAUAUUUGUUGAUAGAAAAGUUCGUCAACUCUUUGGUCUCUGAGACAUGAUUGAGCUGAGGCCGUCUUUUUGAAAAACUAAUUAAAAACAUCGCGCUUCCUUCAAAUGCCAAUCAAAGUAAAAACUAUGGGAAACUUGUUAAUACCUUGUCUAGAAAACAGAGAGGUGAUGCAAUAAAAUAGAUAUUUAACGUGAAAUGAUGCACUCAAGAAAACAUGCGCCCGCCGUGCAUGUGCUUUACAGAACACGCUUCGCGUAUUCACGAGUUCAUUUUCUGCAAAUACGACACUCCGAGAUUUAGCUUCGGUAAUCAGUAACUACCAUAUUUUAGUUACUCCUUUUUAUAAUUAUUAUUUUUUCGUUUGUAGUUCGUUAAUUAAAAUAUACAGCCGCGCGAAAGCUGAACUGAGGUUUCUACCUUGGUACCCACGCCCCUCCUCUAUCUUUGACCUCAGUUCUGCUUUCGCGCGGCUGUAAGUACCUACUUAAUGAACCACAAACGCUAAAAAAAAACACACCAACAAGAAGUGAAGUUUCCGACUUUUGCACUAGUUUUUUUGUAACGAAAACAACUGAUGGAAGAUACUGCAGUAACACAGGUUGUAUAUUUCAACGCCUUGAUAAAUUUCGAAGAUUAUCGACUAUAACACCGAGUGCAAUUCGUUUUAAGCGAAAUUACUGAGAACUAUUCGAGAUACACACUGAUUUACGUAUUCAAAAUAUAAGUUAUCGAAUAUGAGCUUACUUUUCCGCAAAAGACAAAAGACUUAAAACAUUCCUCCUUUCUUUAUCAAAUAUACACUUGACCAGCGUGGAAAGAAAGUCGUGUCCGACAGCCCGGGGCUAGUGGAUUUUGCGAUUGGGCAAGUGAAUUCUGUUCUUAACUGCCGGGCAAGUGGAGAUUUUUCGGAGAAUUAGAAUUACAGAAGUACUGUAAGACAAAAUAUUUUAAAUUCCUAAUAAAUUCCUGCCGACCGAAAACAAGACGAAGUAUCGCAUUACAUGUCAGACGAGACAUCUUGAGAUCCGCGCAUAAAGUAAAUGCAGAUAUUGAAAAAAACUUUGGAGGUAAAUGUUGUCCGUGAUUAAUUCUUACUGAUUCAGAGAAAGCUAUUUGUCUAAAUUUUCUUCAUAAUCAUUUGUGAGGAACGUAAACAAAAGGUUUUGAUCCUGAACUCUAGUGAGAAAUUUAUUAUGGUUUUAGCAAAUAUUGGUCACGUGCGUUUCAAUACGGUAAGUUCUAAACACCGAUACUGUAGGUGUUUGUUGAUUAAAAUAUAUAGACCACAUCGUAUUGUUUUCACUUUUCACGAAAAUCUUUCAGAUGAAAAGUUGCCAGAAAUAAAACGAACAUUUUUGUUCUUUUGAAACCUAAAACCUUUGGUUACUUGUAACAAGAUGAACCACAAAUUUGCAUAAUUUUUCUUUGCAUGAUAUUUGCUCACUGAUGCGUGACUCGGCACUCGCACUUUCCACUUUCCCGUGAACUUAAAACUUGACUUGGAAAACCGACUCCCAAACAAACCUUCUUCAGAAAAAUGACCUUCUGAAUGCACUACUUUUGAAUGAGAAACAAACUGAUCAAAGCUAUCAAAUUUUUAUGUCCUUUAAUAAUAUCAACAUCUCCCCUGUCAGCGGCUGAGAAAUACUCCCGCGUUAAAUUUCUUUUGGCGGCGAAUUGCAGAAUGACGCGCUUUCACUGGCAGCUUUUCGCGUUGCGGACGUUGUCGUUUAGUGUGUCCAUUGAGAACUUUGGUUUCACGGUUUCAACGCGGUUUUUUGUUCUUAAAAAUUUUUUUUCUAAAUUGUAAACUAUCUAAUACGCAUGUUAAUCAUUUACGUGUUGCGGUGGACUUAGAAAAAAUUCUACAGUGUGGCAGCGCCGAGAGCAAGACAGCAAAACUAGUUGAACACAUCGGGAGUCAAUAUUGCGUUGAACUCAAAGCGUUACAGAAGCUUGAGUAUUUGGUCAUUUUCACAAGAGGUUAACCAGUAAUAUUCUGUUAGCUUUUCUUAAAUUCCUUAUUUCAUCAUUGUGAGUUGACUUUCAAGACAAAGGCAUUUAUAAUCAAAAGGUGAACACUGAAUUAUUGUACUAGACUGUGAAGAGUAUCUUACCAGGUCUACCUAUAGUUCACACUUUUUACGGUUAUUUAUUGCUCUUGUCAAAUAAUGAAUGAAUGAAUGAAUGAAUGAAUGGAAUACAAUAAAAUGAAUAAAAUGGUUGCUAUAAUUGGUACAAUUACGCCUGAAACAAUGGUGAGUUGAAUCCUUACAUCAACAAGUGCUUUCUUUGGUUUUUGCUUUCUCCUAAUAUUUCAGUCGUAGUAAAACGUUUUCUGAUUAUUCAGAUUGCUUUAGUUGCCAGGAUCAUUGUCAAAACAUCAAUGGCUUGAAAUACCGUGACCACCUUCGAACGAUCUGAAAUUCUAAUGAGAAGUUAAUUCGUUUUCCGGAAGAUUAUUAGGUUUUUUCAAAUAGUGUUGGAACCGAUUUUAUUUUUUUAAUUUGUUUAGUUCAAAACGAUUUCCUUUACAAUAGGAGAAUUUGAUGAUGUGAUUAUUUCUACGAGGGCUUGUUAUGCAGUUUAUGUAAAUACAAUGUGCGAGAUACGCCAAAAAACAACAAAAACACAGAGCGCCGCCUUGCAUUUUUUCGAAAAUGUGACCGAUCAGAAAAAGGUACAAGUUUUACUGGUUCAGAGAGCUGAUAUUCUAUCUGUAGUCUCUUUUUCUCAACUAACAUAAACGUUCUUUGGCUCCAUUAUAUCAUGAGCUCAUCGCCUCUUCUUCUCUUUAUACCUUGCAUAUUCAGACUCGCCCCAGUACUCACUACUCGCCAUCAACUGGUGACGAUCGAAAAACCGUGGCACCAGUUCCAGUCCCUCUCUAUCCUGCGGGUAAGGUUUCCAUUUACUUGUAAUUCUACAAUUCUACAAAUUCAGUGUUGAGUGAGUGUUAACGACAACUUUUCAUAUCUGAACAAAUAAUUGCUUUGACUAAAUCCGGUGUUACACUUCGUGAAAAGUUUGUCAAAAUCAUUCUCUCCAUAAUCAUAAUCGCGGUAAAAAAAAAUUGGACAUGUAUUUACUCAUUUAUAUAUAUUUUACUUGGAUUUUAUUUAUCCUUCAGUCUGUUUAUAGACCAAAGUAGAACUCCGCGCAGCCUUAACUUUAUUAUUUAUUGGACGAGGCAUUAUAAACACAAAUUGAAUUGAGAAGCAAGUUUAUAGUUGAAACAUGGAAGAAGGCUGAAAGGAAAAGUUACUUACAAUGCCCGCGCCAUCCACCUCCUGUUCUUUAAUCUUUACUUCCUUAAAUGCGCAUUUCCCAUGUGUAUUUAAGUGAGCAUUGUGGCUCGACUGAUUGUGCAUUAUCGUUUGUUAAAGCAAAGUAAUAUAAACAUUAAUUUUGAGUUCAAUGAUUCCGUACCGUCCAUACGAUAAUGUAAAAUCUUAAAAGGUAAAAGGUAGAAUUAUAGACCGCUUGCCAUUUGUACGGAAAUGUCGGUGAAAAGUUUUGUGCAAAUGGCCCUUGUAUUUUUUUUUUCGCAUUUAAAAAAGGAAUGGAAUUGAGUUGUAUCAUUUACAAAAUACCGGUACAUUGUUUGCUUUCCUCUCUCGAGUACUAGCACUGGUAAUCCAAACAAAUGGUACAAAAGAUUUCCGGGUCAUUCCAGUAAAGUAGGGAAAAUAUACCGCCGGGUAUUACUUUUUUUUCCGACAACAUUCCACCGGAAUAAACCUUUCCAUUUGAAUUCUCCCCAGAAUUACCAGAUUUUCCUUACAAAUGGUAAGCACUCAUAGGAGCAGCUAAAAUAACUUAGGAGGGACACUUUGAAAGAAUUAAGGCUAGAAUUACAGAUAACAUAAUUUAGACCAUUCACUGACGUAACGUUUAAAAAUGAAAAUAAUUAAUGCGAGAGGUCUGCUGCCUUAGCUUAAAAUCAUGUUUUCUAUGAGUUUGUGGUGGACCUGUAAUGUCAAAAAUUUUGGAGGCGUCCACUUCACAAUACCCAAAUAAAGUCCUGUGCAUUUGGGCCAGGCUUAGACUUUGCGCCUCAGUUCUAAGGAAUCCCAUCUUUAUUCCACAAAUCUUCGCUACCGGUAAAGAACAAAUACAGUUGUACUUAAUGACUAUACCUGAUAAGCCAAUCUGAAAACACUCUUGUCUCUUGUCAUCAUGUUACUUGAGGGGAUCCUAACUGGCUACUUGUUUUGUGCUCUACAGAAGAAGCUCCUAUUCGUGAAGCGCGUCAUCUGGCAUCCUUCAGUCAAUACCCCCGUCUACCUGUUUAUACACAGUAUUACUCCUCCCCUCAUAUCCAUCGAGCUACGUCCACCAUCGUUACACCUGGAGGGCCAUUGAGUAGCAAUCGUUAUCUCGCCAGUUGUUCAGGCUUUUCUGCAGUUACACAGAAUGAGACCAAGUUGGAGCGUUUAUCUGUUGAUGAGGUAAUAAGGGCGGAUUAACAAAGCCAUUAUUGUUAUUAACUAGUGGUUAGAAUGCAUCCUAACGUCCGUAGAAGUCGUUCAAAGGGGAAUGGAAAGGAGGAAUUCGGGUGCGCAAGAAGCGCAAAUAGGGACCUUAAGCAUCGACAACGAAACGGACGACGACGACGCUUCGCAACCGGGACAGACUGGGCCAAGGGUUUCGUUUUCGGUGGGGAAAACGAAGUUUUAACAGUGCAGCUUCCCGGACAGACGACGACUUUUUCUUUGCGAAGAACUUUGUCUUGUUACAGUCUUGUUAGGGCAUUCAAAGACGUCCGUAAUUUGCAUUUUAUAAGGUAUGAAGAUGGUUUAAUGGAGGCUUUCUCUUCGUCGCGCAGCUUUUGUUUUUGUUUUGAAAUGAAGUUAAACCUGUAUACCGAUCUCGAACAGCUCUUGACUUGCAGUUACGCUAAAUUUCGGCUGCUGAAGAGAAUUCAGUGCUGCUACAAUGUUCUCCCACACUUGUCCUCUCUCAGGGCUCCUCAUAGCCACAUCAUGUUCCAGAGUCCACUGGAAAAUAGUUGCCUUUACUACCGGCUAAAAACAACAUGGGAAAUUAUUAAAUCUUGGUACGAAAAAAAUGAACAUUUAUCCCAUAGUACAACCUAGAAUGCAUGAGUAAACAUAGGACCGUAAGGGAACGAACAGCAGCUAAUCUAAAAGGUUCGGAAGAUAGCAGAGGAAAGCUUACUUGUCUGUCCGACUUGUUGUUCCGCCAUCACUCAGGUUUUCAAACAAACCGAACCUGAAAAAUAAAUUCAAGUUAGCAGGCGAAGAAACCGACAAAGUGUUUAACAUUUGGAUUCUGCUGAUCCACAAAGAAUAUAUUUCUACUUGUACUGAAUGACAAGAGGGCAAAAGAGUGAUUUACACGCAAAAAGUAUAGUUUUAUACUUACGUUUUAGCGACGAGGGCAAACCUCCCUGAAUUACGUCGUCGACGAAGGCUGUACGACGUUUUGACAACCUUACGCAUGCCCAGAAGGUUCGGGUGGGAAAAUUUCACUUCCGGUCGGCAUCGUCGUCCCAUUUCCUCGUCGAUGCUUAAGGUCCCUAAUGACGCGCAAUACCCUUCGUGUUCUCGUCCGCCAACCGAAAUUUCCCUUUUCCCUUCUCUUUCGAUCGCCUGUCACGUGGAAGUAAUUAUUUACCACUGAGAAGGCCUUUAUGGAGCCGCUGACUCGCUAACAAAGUUGUUGAUAGAAGAGCUCGUUUGCCCGUUGGUUUCUGGGACAUGAUAAUUUCAUUAAGCUUAGACCCUCUUCUUAAACAACUACUUCGCGCCUCUUUCAAAUGCCAAUCAAAGUAAAAACUGUGAGAAACUCGUUAAUACCUUGUUUAGAAAAUAGAGAAGUGAUGCGAUAAAAUAGAUAUUUACUUUACGUUGAAAUGAGAUACUGAAGAAAAUUCCGGCUGCCGUGCAUGUACUUGUCAAAACACUCUUCGCGUGUGCACGAGUUUAUUUUCUACAAAUAAGCCACUCCGAGAUUCGCUUCUGUAAUUAGUUUUUACCAUAUUUUUGUUCCUCCUUUUAAUUGUUAUACUAAAAUUUGGGAGCUGUUUUAUAGUUGUAGUUCGUAAAUUAAUAUAUACGGUCGCGCGGAAGCUGAAUCGAGGUUUCCGCGUUGGUACCCUCGCCGCUCCCCUAUCUUUGACCUCAGUUCAGCUUUCGCACGGCGCGGUUGUAAGUAUCUACUUAAUGAACCACAAACGCUAAAAAACACACCAACAAGAAGACAAGUAUCGCCGACUUUUGCGCUACAUUUUUUAUAAGAAAACAAUUGAUGAAAGUUACUGCAGUAACGCAGGUUGUAUAUUUCAACGCCUUGAUAAAUUUCCAAGAUUACUGGCUUAUAACGACGGGUGCGAUUCGUUAUAAGCGGGAUUACCGAGAACUAUUAGAGAUACACGCUAAACAAGUUUUAGAAGGCGCGGAUCCGCGUAUUCAAAAUUAAAGGUUAUCGAAUAUGAUAUCCAUCCCUUGCCAAGAUUAGCUGGAUUUUCGCAAAAUGCCUUUAAAGACGACUUUAGACUGUAGUCCAUUACUCGGCAGAGUCUGCUAGAACCACUGCGAACGUUGGGGUACUCAAAAUAAACAAAAACACGUUAAUAGCGCGAUUUAUCGGCAACGCUCCUCCUGUGUCAUUUUACGGGAAAUUUAAAUCGUCACAGCAGUGACGAUUUAUGAUCGAGAUACUUGUAGCGUACAAUGUAAAUACGCUACCUACAGAACUGAUAAGAUCAGAAGCUAGUGUUAAUGUUUCCGCAGGAAACGUGAGCGUGAAAAUCUCUUUCCGGAGGUCCCUUACUAGGGGGCGCGAGUAAAUGCACGCCCGAAGUUGCCCAAAGUACACUUCGACAACAACGACUAUAUGCCGUUUUCAUAUCGGGUAACUUCGGACCGAUCCGAAGAUCGUCUACAACGACUGAUUUACUCUUUUGCAUAUCUUAACCGCCUGCCCAGCAAUAACUUCGUGGAAUACACUUCGGAUAUUCACGAGUUUAGAAGGAUCAUUUAUGAAAAUAUUUUAUUUUUAUUUCACUUUAGAUAUACUAUUAUGCGCGACUAUUUUAAAUUCCCUAAUAAGCCAUUUCCGAGUCCCAAAAGCUCUCACUUCCAAAACGAGGCUAAGUGCAAACACUAUUUUUGUGCAAAUGCGAUUUUUUUUUUUGCAUGAGAAUAAGAAUCGUUUUCAUAUCAAUGGCUUUGCACUUAGCCUCGCUUUGAAACAGAGACUUGGGAAAUUUCGGAAUUGCUCAUCACAAAUUCGAACACUGUAGACACCCAUCAGUGAGUGUACGCUUACUCUGUUCUCAGAAGCUUACAUACGAACACUCAUACUACAUCGUACAAUUUUAUCCUUUGCAGAGGUUCAACCUUCCUAGCACAUCUUUUAAAGCACAUGAUGAACCAGGUCCUUUACAAGGUCGGUUGUAAAUAAUAAUUUUAAAUUACCUAAGUACGAUCUCAUAUCAUACCUGCCUUGCGCAGAACAUAAUCAGGACAGAAGGGCACGAGUCCAAACGAUGCGUGUUGUAACGUCUUAGCAUCAAGGUCAGAUAAUAUAAAGGAUAGCCUAAUCACCCACGACUGCAAAGUGUGAACGAGCUUUUUUGGCGAUGACUCACUCAGACCACCUUUUCUGAGAACGCGAUCGUUCAAGUGCUCUUUAAAGGAAUACAACCCAAACUCUGCCACCAGAAUGUGGUUAUCUGCCGGAGCAUAUUCGAGUACUUACAUUAUUUGCAAGAACUUUGCUUGCAAAGUGAUGUUCACUGUGUCACCAUAUUAUUUUUGUAAUCUUAAUUUGUACCUUUUUUCUCGACAGUCCGUUUUGCAACUCCUACUCAUAGAGCGCAUGGAUUUAGCCACGGCCUGUCACCCUUCGGUCAAUACCCCCAUCGUCCUGUUUAUCCGCAGUAUUACUCCUCCCCUCAUAUCCACCGAGCCACGUCGACCAUCUUUACUCCUGGAGGCUCCUUGGGUAGCAAUGUCGCCAGUUGUUCGGGCUUUUCUGCAGUGACACAGGAUGAGACCAAGUUGAAAUGUUUGUCUGUCGAUGAGGUAAUGAGGGCGGAUUCACAAAGCCGUUUAUUUUUUAGUCAGUGUUUAUAAUUCACUUUAGCCUACGUGGAAGUCGUUCAAAGUGGAAGAAAAGGUUAGGGUUAAUGUUACCACAAGUCACACGUGUUAGUGGAUAUAUAUGUUAUGAUGAAGAGCACGUCAACUUUUUGGUCACUGGGACAUUCUACAGCGUAGGCCCGCUUUUGGUAAGGUCUUAAAAUGUUAUAUGAUUGCUAUUUAUACUGAAAAUAAUUUAUUAUGAUUCAACUCUUGGAGUGCUGUUAGCGACUACUUUAAAUCGUGUAGUUCAGAGUUUCCACACAGCAUUGAUUGAGUUUACGGUUAGUCUGUGCCGAAAGCCUCUAGAGCGUUUUCACUCACGUGAUGAGUAGCUAUACGAAUAUAUUGGAAAAAAGAAUUUUUUUACGGAAGAAAAAGGUUCAAUUCCCACAGGACUGGUUUGAAAUUCCAACAUGGCCGCCGUUUCAUUUGUUUGGUACACCAAUAUGGCGGACGUGACGUCAUGUGGCAAAGUUCUAUACGACGAUCACUCAAACCACUUCGCACUUGUUAAUCCUUUGCAGAGUUUAAACCUUCCCAGCACAUCUUCCAAAGCACACGAUGAACCAGGGUCUUUACAAUUACAAGGUUGGUUUUAAGCAGUUAUUUAAAACAUAUCGAAAUACCACCUUACAAUAUAAUUCUUUGCUCCGGUCGGUUUGUUCAAAAACCUGUGAGAGUCGUCAGCAGUAGAGAUUGCAGCAAAGAUGUACCAACUUCGGACUUAGUGGAAGCCUGUGCCUUUACCAUAAAAAGCGAUUAACGUGCCUGCCUUUUAUUUCAUAUCCAGGUGAUGCAGACCCUCCGCGAAAAGGAAAGAAAAGAAAAAAACAUAAAACAUAUCGGAUGACUGAAGGUGCGCUAAAAGUCAUUACGAUUAUUUUAAUCCAUACAUCUAUGGCAAACGUCGCCUCAAGGAUAUUUUUGUUCUGUGUGACUCGAUUAAAUCGAGGAAGUAUUAAUUUUUUUCCAAAGAUUUAUGGACAGUGGAGAUUAAUGAUAAACGCAAUGAAUCAUUCCUUAUAUCCGUUGCUUUUUCAUUAGGUGUUGAGGGAGCUUCGCCAAAGAAACAUAAACGAAAAAAGCGCAAAACACAUCGAAGAGAUGAAGGUACGCUGAAAGUCUUGACAUAAAUUGAAAUCAAUAGUUUGUAACAGAACCUUUCUUUUGAGACCUUUACAUUCAAGGACGGGGACGCCUACGAGGACGAAAUUUGAUUCAAUGUUUUAGCGCGUAUUGUCAAAAAAUAGCUACCCCGGAAAGCUUAAUUUUUCUUUUUUCCACCGGAAAAGUUGGCACUAUUACUUUUAGUGAGGUAGGUUAAGCCCUCUUCCGAUCCUAAAAUAAUAGAACUUCUAACACUUGAUGUCUUGUUCCCGCCACUAUACCAUUCUCGCUAAAACCCGUAGUAGAAUUUCGAUGGCUACCCGUUUUCCCGCCAAAAUGACGCCGGCUCAUGCGCGUUCACCACUUAGUAUUGAGAAAAUCUCUUCUCGUUGUCGUUAUUGUCUGAGAGCCUAAAUGUCCCUUUUAUUUUCGUUCAUGAAACCUGGUAUUAAUCAUUUCAAAAAGAUUUGUCAAAAGAUCACCAGUGCAUCGAAGGCUAACCCCUGAUUUAGUGGAAGUCUAUAACUUUAUUUUAGUAAAGUCUUAAGGAAUCAUAAACAGAAACAUAAUUGCUAGCAAUUUGUGAACAUCCAAUUAAUUUUUUACGGUUGUCCUUUUGUACAUGAAGGCGACAAAGAAUCUAAGUGGAAGAGACAAUCAAGGGAAACGCGUGAAGCGCUGAGGGCCGUUAGGUUCAUGGAUAAACCAAAAGUUUAUACCAUUGAUUGGGCCAUUUCUUAGUUCCAACAACACAGGGUUUCGCAUUUUCGUGGUUUUUUAGCCGGCAAAAAUGAAAACUUUCCCAAAGUGUGCCUAAUGUCUCAAUGACAAACCUUUCUUUCAUAUAAAAAUGAGAUUUAUUUGCCUGAAAGUGAAAAUCGAUUUUUACAUGAAAGACGUCACACUAACCUUCUUCCUGAGAAAAAGGCAAAAGGUUAACGCGGAAGUGCCCUUUUUAGAAACAAACACACGAAAACUUUCUGCUGAAAUCCCAACAGUAACGGUCCCUACGUACAUACCAGAGUAGCGUUUCCCUCGGUUACCAUGCUAAAAGUUUCUUUCCGGCGUAGUUUAAGUAUGUACAAAGUCGUUCGCACCGCUGACAUUCGCGGUUAUUGGCUCGUUUACGUCCCGAAAAAGAAUUAUUUCUUUCGGGGACUUCAACAAGUUGCUACGUCGCGAACGACUUCUUACAUGCUAAAAAAACGACGCCAUUGGACUGCUACCUCUACUGCCGUUACUUUCGAGGUUCUACGGUGAGGACUUAUUUCACUACCAACAUGGUUAAGCAGUAAAUAAACAGAUCUGUUGUAAGACCUGACAGCUGGCCAGUAUGGGUGGCUGCAGAACAGGCUUACCAACCUCUGUUUAGGUUUAUAACCAAGUGUUAUGUAAAUUAAAUUAAAGACUUUCAUUUGUCUUUUUGGGCAAUGUAGGCGGACAGAAAUCACCCCGGAAGAGAGAGAAAAGACAGCAGCAUAAAGGGCAUCAGGUGACUCACGGUAAGUUGAGUCAAUAGGUUUCUUUAAAUUAAUCGUUUAAACAAAACUUUUCUUUAUUUUUUCUCUGUCAGUUAAUAAAAGAGUGGAAGCACAGGCUUACCAACCUCUGAUUGAGUGGAAGCCUCAACACCAUUAAGUCGAGGACAAACAAUUAAAUCCUUCCAAUCGUUUUUUUUUUUUCAAUCUAGGCAACAAAGAAUCUCCACAGAGAGAAAUGAAAGCAAAAAAGUGUAAAGCGCAUCAGGUGACUGAAGGUAUGCUAAUGAUUAAAUUUCUAUAAACCAAAGUUCAUAAAAUUACAUGGCUUUUCUUUGUUUCUUGAUACUUGAUAUCAAAGAAAAAUGAUUUGUUCAGUUUGCUCAGUUACGUUGACUGGACGCGUGUGAUUUUACUUGACCCGUGAAAUAGGAAGUAGAAUAGUAUGCGCUAUUAUGCACUAACUCUAUUGCCUUCUUUUGCUUGCCAGUAGCUGUAUUGCACUAGUUGUUAUUCUCUGCUUCACGGAUCAAGUAAAAUCACUCUAAUGACAUCUGUUUGUUGAACUGAAUCCUUAUGUUCUUCGUCUCAUUGCUUUCUGUAGGUGACGAAGAACCUCUACAAAAGAAAAUCAAAACAGAAUAGUAUUAAUCAGAGCGAAUGACUAAAGGUACACUGAAUGUUAUAAGGUUGAUUAAAAUGGUUACGCAUUAACAGCAAGAACAAACCAGGUGAAAACGUUGGCACACUUAGGCGCUUUCCAAAAGUCAAAAUUGGCCGGCCAGACCCGCCACUUUGACAAUAAAAAUAAUAUUUAGAUUUAGCCAGGGAUAGAAGGGAAGUCCCGUUCAUAAACUUAUAAUAAGCAUAAUUAUUCAUUCCAAAUAUUUUCCCGAUUCUGAUUGGCUAAAAGCACACGCUUAAUCCACCAUAACCAGUUACUGAUGACCAAAUUUAGAAUAAUUUUGUGUUUAACGAGGAAAUGACGUCAAAAAUGCAGCGUUCUCACAGGUUAAGGCACCGUUAACCUUGAAGACCUGGGACGAGCUUGUGUUAUUUUUGGCAGACAAACAUCAAAAAUGGAUGCGAGUAGGUUUACAAGUUUGAGCGAAGAAAAUAUUACCCAGUUACUUAAUGAUAAAGACAGUGAGAAUACCAAAGAGUUGACGAAACACCAUUGCUUAGCGGCAGUUUUAGGAAAGUUUUAUGCCGAGGCGAGAAAGAAAGAUGGACAGAUGUGAUCAAAGAACUCCCUUUGCUUCAUCAGAUUUGCUUUGUGUAGACACUUCAAGCAAGAACUAAAUAUAGACAUUAUAAAGGAUACAGAAUCUAACGAAGCCAACCGAAUUUAUGAAGCACAGUGCGUACAGCUGAAGAUAUAGGGACUAGCGAAAACUGAACACAAACCUCCAAUUGCUGACGAAGACAUAAAUAAAUUGUAUCGAUGAGGUGUCUUCAAUACUGAAAACCCUACCACUCUACAAAACAAGGUUUUCUUUGAAAUAAUGUUAUUUUUCUUUCGGCGUGGUCGGCAAAAUUUUCGGCAGCUUAAAAAGACUGACUUCGAAAUAAAUGUCAACUCGCAAGGAACAAAACGCUGUGUUGUGAAAACAACUGAUGAACUAACAAAAAAUCACAGAGCACACGACGUUCAAGCUGAAGAAGGAGGAAUGAUGAUAGCAAACGAUGGUCCUUUUUGUCGGUCUGAUCCUUUGAAAAAUGUGUGAGUGUCUUGAAUCCACUGAAUGAAUACCUUUUUAGCGACCAAAGUCAUCUGGUGAAGGAGAAAUUUGGCAUGACAACAUGGUUUUCGGCGAGAACACACUCCGUCAUCUUACACCUAGCGGAGUUGUCAACAAUAUACACAAAUCAUUCAAUCAGAGCGACGACCAUAACUAUAAUCGACAGAAGUAGAUUUGAAGCGCGACACAUCAUGGUGAGCGGACACAGAAACGAAAGCAGCGUAAAAACCUACAGCAAAACCGAUGCAAACACAAAAACAAACCAGGCGCGCAGCCUUAUGGCUGUAAUUGACAACAGCAAAAACCAUGUCGUGGCUUCUGAAGCAGGCGAAAAUGAUGGAAAUGUGGAACUUGGACUGCUAACAAAUUCCCCAGAAAAAUUCAUUUUAAGAGACCUAAACGUUCAAACUCACAACCACUGCAACCAAACCACAAAGCAGUUUAUUUAUUUACAACCGCACAGUAACAUUUCUGUAAACACCGCAUUAAAUUAUCGUAAACAGGUUUGAUUUUUUUUUACCUCGAUGUCUGUUAAAUUUCUCACGGAGAGAUUUUAUUUAUACAUUUCACCAAAAUUUACGGAGUGAAAAUAACUUUAGCUCUCAGUAUAUAGCUGGAGGGUGUGAAAUUUGUGAAAAUAAAGCUCAUUUUCUCCUUUAAGUGUUUGAAAAUAUUUUGAUAAAUAAUAAACCAAUUAAUGAAUUCGGCUUUCGUAGGAUAUGAAGAAUUAAGCGGAUCUCGGGUGUUAUCCACCGAGGCUGAGAUCCGCUUAAUUCUUCAUAUCCUACGAAAGCCGAAUUCAUUAAUUGCUAAUUUACAGGCUACGAUUUUUCGGCAAUAUUUCUGUCUCAAGGUAAGACCUAACUGAAAAAUAAGGCUGACUUUUGUGUUUUCUUAUGUAAGCUAGCCUUUAUAUUUUCAUCUCACAUCAAAAAAAUCCAACUACAGGUCUAUUAUCAAUGCUGCGUUCUGAUUGGAUGAGCUACUACUAGGCUACAUGUUAUAGCCCACAUAGCCCACUAGUAGCGAAAAGCGCCGGCUUUUUUAGCGUUUCAAAAAACCAUAUUUUAGUGUCUCUCUGUAAAACCUAGGCCCCGUUCUCACGUUUCCGGAAGUUUUGAAAACGGGGAUUUUUUUCCACGUAGCGUAUUCAAAUCACUUUCGCCCGUCCACACAAAAACGCAAAACGAUUAGCAUCCCUUACGGAGCUUGCUAGAAGUAUGUGUACGUUAUCAUUGUAUAUUCGUCUGUCCACACGUAAACAAGAAGUCCGCGUUUUCAAAAAUUUCCAUCCUGAAGAGCGUUUUGAAAAGAUGCGUUUUCGGUGACCGUUUUCACCGAAUACGUGUGGAGGUCACGCUAAACCGGGGAAAUUAUUCGUUUUCAAACAAAACAGAUACGUGUGGAGGGGGCCUUAAGAGUUCAAAUAGGCGUCACAAAUUAUCUUGAAGUCUGACGAUCGUGUUUUUCCGCGAAUUUUAUGAAUGAACAAACUAAGCAAUAGACAGAGAAAUUAUUUUCGCGAAAAGUUUUAUUCGAAAACUCGUGAUUUAAUCCUUAAAAGCUAUUCACGUGACAUUAACUGGAUCGUGGUUCCGUUCAUGCAAGUAAAAUGGGCUUAGCAUAUGGCAAAAUUCAACACAAAAUCCAUCUCAAGUCGGGGCGUAUUUUGGUCACGAGAUGUCAAAAUGUAGGAAACGUCUAUGAAACCUUUAUAAAUACAAACAUUUUCUUUUAAAAGCGUACUUUUCUUGACCAUAUUGUAUAAAAUGUACCUGAAAAUUCUUCAAAAACUUCGCUGCCUAGGUUGCAUUUUAUCAAAACAGGCCAAUCGCUCCGCCGUGACUGAAGAAAACAGGGUCGAAUUCCUUGGACAAUUUCGUAACGAAAAGCUUUCGUUUGUUCACAAAAAGGAAACUGAGCAUUCUUUGAAAUUUCCCUUUCCGUGUGUAUUUUCAACCGUGAAAUGCAAACUUUGGUCUUGAAAACCACCACAUGGUCAACGCGCGGCAGCCAUUUUGUUGAAAAUAGAAGUCCUGUCACUCAGGUGUCAAAUCCUUUUCUUCUACUACCAUCUAAACUCAGUCGACAGAUUCUGACUGGUCGAUCAUUUCUAAAGCCUGUUGAAACAAUGGUGGACAAAAAAACUUUUUAGGGGGAGGAGUGGAGGAAUUCGUGUCAACCUAGGGCCUGCUUACGUGGCGGUGGGGAACUCCAGGUAAGUGAGGUAACCCGCUUAGGUGGGGUAACUAACUUGUCCACAUAAUCUUUGAUAGGUGGGGUGACCAUAUGAGAGAUUACAUGGACAGGUGGGAUACCCCACCUAAACAGAUUUUCUCACCUACCUGGGGUCCCCCACCUCCAUGUAAACAGUUCCUUAUUUCCCCCCUGCCAGUCUUUACGUACCCUGACGUCAUAACCAAAUUUUCUCUCAUCGAUAGGUUUCCAAUUUCUAUAGCAGUAGAGGCUUCCCUAUUAGUCUUUUCGUCAUUUUUUUAACCCAUCACUUCCGUGCAUACCAUCUAGAAAUAAACUGAUCUGACUGGAGUGUCCUUGUCAAUAGUCUAAUACUCUUGACUACUGGACUAGUCUAGCCAGCUAGUUCUCAAAAAUGGUAAGCGCGCCCUUGUUUUUUUCUACAUAAUCAAUGCAUUUUCAAAUAACCCCCCUCCCCCUAGACAGUCUUCGGUGGUAGAGGUCAAACACUUUCAAAAACAUCUUGGAAAGUGUAUACCUUUCAACUUUGAUCUCUUCGGGGAAGGGCAGUAAACCCUGGCAAAGGCAUGUUUGUAACUGUGAAUUUUCCCUUACUCGCAAAUUCCCUACCAAAAAAAGGAAAGAAAAAGGAAGAGUCCCAAAACCUUUUGGCCAGGAUCGUAACUUUAUAUACUCUAUGCGACCCGGUGGAUUAUAGAAAGUUUGUUCAAGAGCCAUGAGACUAAUGCGAGUGGAGAAAAGGCUAACAAUCCUUUGUUUGAAUGAAAUUUUUUGCUUUAAUGGUAACUAUUUAUCAAAAUGAUAAACAUGUUUCAAUAUCAUUGGCAAUUAUUGGAUUCGGCUUUCGUAUAAUUAUGGAGGUCCAAUAGAACGCGAUAACAACCUCCGAGAUCAUCAUAAUCAUACGAAAGCUGAAUUCAAUAAUUGUUUUAUUAUUCUAUUCAAAAUAUUUCUAAGUUCUUAAAAAGCGUGAAGGAGGUCUACGAGGGUAAACCUCCUUCAAACCUUGGCAAUUUUCACGGCACGAUUUCAGGGUAUCAACAGAAGUGUUUUUCUUUCAGCUCCUCAAAAGUCGAGUAAUACAUUUGCGAAUUCUUGCAUUUCUUUCGUUCAGUUUCAGUGAGAAAUGAGCUAUUUCUUCUUUGGAUAGCCGCGAACGCCAUUUUUUUUUUAGAAUAGACAAUAAAUGACUUAAAAUUACAAUAAAUGGCAGCUAUUUAUUACACUACCUCUAUUUGUAAUAAUUUGUUAUGUAGUACACACAAACACAUAUUUUGAUCUACAUUUUGUUUUUCUUCCCUUUUCUUAAUUUGAAGCAUUCCAAUACAUACAUGCCUUGCUAUUAAUUUUUGGGUUUAAGGCUUCUCGUUGGUUGAUUAUUUAAAAACAUGAAUAUUUCAUUUGGUGACAUUUUGUUCACUCUUAUCCAUGCUAAUAAGUUAUCUAAUAGAACGUUUCUUUUUUUCUGGUAAGCGGGACAUACAGUUUAAAAACUUACUUCACUCGUGAAUAAACAGCAAGGCGGCGGCGCCAGGAAACGAGGUUGAUCGAUAAUCUAUUGUCUUAGCAGCCUCGUUUCCAGGCAAGUAAGCAAUCGAUCAACAUCGUUUUCAAGCAAUCAAACCACCGAAUCGAUGGUAUAUUGCUUGCAUCUCCCACAUUUGGUCAACAACGGUAGGUUAUGAAAAAUUAGCGAAAUAUUUUAAAGGAAUAAUAGUCAUCCUUCCAAACAAAAUUGAGUCCAACAAAAUUUACUCACGGGUAAUCGGCUAUUACCAAAUGCACCCACCCAAGUCCCGUUGUUGUUGUUUAUAUUCCAGUCUCUACUAUAACACAUUUAUGAAGUUUUGUUGGCAAAUCGAAACGUAAUAAACAAAACGUAUGUUACUAAAAAUAAAUCCAGCAAUGCACUAUUCUUUUGGUAUUCAGUGGAAUAUUGCAUGAGAGCCACAAAUAUCUACACAACAAAGGGAUAUAAACCUCUUUAGCUUGUAUGUUCUGUUUUCCCAAAAGAGGUCCCAAGGGAACUUGGCCCAUUGUCUUUUCAUAAAUUAUGCGUAGAUAUGCACCUGAAUGAGACGAAAUUUGAAACAAAAAAGGGUUCCCUAGAGUAUUAUCACAUGACCUGUAUUGGGAAAACAAAACAUACAAGCUAAGGAGGUCUAUUGCACUGAGAGACGAGAAACAUACUUAAAUUAGUUGCUCCCGAGUAACAUCGUGAAACAAGUCGUGAUUUUAGACUAGUUCAUCUCGCCGGUCCGCCACUCGCUCCCUUCAGUUCCGUUCUCGCCCCAAGAACACAGCCUGUAAGCAGGCUACUAUGUCACUUGGGGCGACCCUAAUUCGUCCCUUCAUUUCUCUGCAGGUGGUCCAGUUAAGCGGGAACUCCCAUUUCUAAAGCGCAUGGAUUCAGCCAUGACCUAGCACCCUUUGACGAAUACACCCUAGUAACUCAUGAACUGCUGCUGAGAUCGCCACAACAUGGACUGGAACCGCACAGAACAAUUCCAGUGAAACCUUGUCUUAAUGGUUCUGUACAUUCUCGGUAACACACCAGCUGGGUUCCUAGUGGUGUUUCCCUUUGUAUGAAGUGCUGAGACGUCUACUAUAUGGAUUGCAAUUCCAGGCGAGCGCAUCUCUGUCUGGGAUCAUCACCGCCUAGCCCGCAGCAUAAAGGUCCAGUGGUCAAUGAAAGUGUGCGAAAUAUAGACAAUCCUUCGGAUGAAGCUGAUGCAAAAACAUCAGAAACAAUACCACAGUGUAGUGACAUAUUUGUGUUAAGAAAAAAUGUAAAUCCAGUACGACAGCAGAAGUCAUUACUGUAAAUAAUGUCCGUAAGAAACUUUUAGACACCAAAGGAAUUUGUAGUUACUGUGCGGUUUGGCAGCGAACACGUACGAAAUUUGUCUAGUCCUUUCAUUGAAUGUUACGCACGUCCAUGGGCGACAAUCGAUAAUACAGUGUGCCGUGCAGUAUACAUUUUUACUGCAUUCGGUUGUGGCUGUUUGUAUUACUAUAACGAACAUUAUUUUUUCUUUUUCACAACAGACAAAUUGCAAAUCUGCGACAGGCCAUUUUCGAGCUACCCAAGCCUCUGUUUCAAAGCGAGGCUAAGUAAAAAGCCAUUGAAUGAAAUGAUUGAUCAAUAAAGUUCAAUUGUAGCUCAUGAAGACGUUGAUGAGCUUUUGGAGGCACUCGAAUCACUCGACUCAUGAAUUUAUUCAAUGAACUUAGUUGGACUGAACAUUUUACUCUUACAUCCCCUACUAAGUACUGCUUUGUUCCAAGUGCUUUAUGCCCACAGUUUUGGCAGAUUCUAGCGGGUACUAGAAAGGCUUACAUUUUCGCCCAGUAGCAUGAAGUAGAUGA